UACCACCUUGAUUGGUUUGUUGUUAUACAGGAACUCAAAGAUUGCAUUAAGGGAUUGCUGUAUUUGGUGGGAGUGGUAGAACAUCGAAUCUGGGUUUUCAGAACUAAUGGAUACGGAUAGAGAGAGACACAGAGCCAAAGAAACAGCAGCCAAUACCAUCUGUUUCAUCAUGCAUAAAAGUUCAGGCAACAAAACUCAUCCUAUGAAAAAAAAGAUAAACUCACCGGUGGUGGAGAAGAGGAACAAAGCACCAGUAGAGGAACAAAGAACCAGCACCAGCAGAGGAACAAAUAACCAGCAGAGGAAGAAAGAACCAGCACCAGCAGAAGAACAAAGAACCAGCACCAGUAGAGGAUCAAAGAAGCAGCAGAUGAACAAAGAACCAGAGAUGAGAGAAGAGAUGAGAGCAAAGUACCAGUUUGUGUGUGUGGGUAAAAAAGUAAAACAGCAGCUUAGAAGUUUUGGCUGA